UGGCAAUCUUCUGAGGUCCAGAGCAUGGUAGAGCAGCUUGCCUCGCGGACACGGGUUGCUGGGCAUUGACACCUCGCACGCACACAUAGAAAAGGUAGAGGUGCUGCUGACCGCAAAAGGUGGUCCUGGCCACAGCGUCUGUGAAAAUGGCGUCCAUCAGUCAGAAGAACGCAUCCGGCCAGAAAGGCUCGUCGAAACGCUCCAGCGGCAAGUCCCGACCUGCCUCUACUUCCUCGCUCAAUGCUCUUUCCGCCAGCGCCUCAACUUCUGCCAGCUCAGCUGCCGCUCUGGAUGAGCUUGCAGCAGCCGGCGUGCUCUCGGCCUUCUCGCCCUUGGAGCAACACAGCGGGAGAGGCUAUUUCGCGCUGCUGAGCCAGGCGAUCGACCGCCAUCGUCUGCGUAUCUACGCUGUCAGUGCUUCUGAGGCAGGCGCAACCGGCGCAGUGGUAGGCUCAUCGGGAGGGCGGUUGGUGGCGGACUACAUCAUCCCCAAUGAGGCAAAGUGCAACACGCUUGCCUGGGGGCGGCUUAGCGCCGGCAGCUCGGCCAAAGCUGUGCCGAAUGACCAACAGGCGGAUACCAGCACAGACGGAAGCAAGAAGAAGAAGCGACGGAAGUCCAAGCCUGGUAAUCAUGUGACAGGAGAAGAUAGUGUAGACCUCUCGCAGCCGAACGGCAGUUCCGAGGAUACUCAGCUAGAAACGCAAGUGCUAGCUCUUGGACUCGACAACGGCCAGGUGCAUCUGUUCUCCCCUUCUUUAGGCAAGACAACCCACAUUCUCUCCGACUCGGAAUUUUCAGCUGCAUCGCACGGAAUCCACGCCACUACCCUGCCUCUUGCAUCGGCAGCUAUGGCUGGAACGGGAAGGAACAAAGGCGUGCUGCAUGUCGUUUGCAAAAGCCAUCAUCCCUUGCAGUUCUGGACUGCUUCGAGCGAUGGUGUAGUCCGUGUGUACGAGCUUGAAACGCAGGAGCCCUUACAUGGCAGAACAAUCGCACCAAGCCGGCGUAUAGUGCCGGAAGCUCAGACGGGCGUCCAUAUUGUCGCUCCCGCUGAUGCGCCUGUAUCGACUCCCCUUGCAAAGACGGUCCUCGUGGGUCACCACUCCAUUCGACUCUUCCCUGCUUCAACCGCCUCGAAAGCAUCCUCCAUUCCUGCUUCUUUCGAGCAGCCCGACGCACCGCUUGUACACUUUACAGGCCAUGCCACGCCCAUCACGCACCUCGUCUGGCUCUCUGGCGACGCUGCUGAAGCCGGGGAUCAAGUUGAAGGCAACGGUGCUCGCUUCGUCAGUGCUGCAGAGGAGGACCGGACGCUGUACAUCUGGGAUAUCCCUUCCUUAGUGCCCACAGAUGAUUCGGGUGUCAAGAAUGGCAAGCCGCUCGCGCUCAUCACGCUCGAUUCAGCCGCUCGGCACAUCGAGUGCUUGCAACUUGCUGCAUCGCAGGGACGGGAGACUGGGGAGCAGCUCCUUCUCAUCGUCACGUCAUCAGGUAGCGCGCAGCUGUACAGCAUUCCCACUUCGUUUGAUGCCGCUGCGACUACCGGGGCAGACGCUGUUACCGCCACCGACGCUUCUGGCUUAAGCACAAAGAAAAAGAAGCGACGUGCCAGCGCGCUCGCAGCAUUGCCGACGCUGAAACCCGUCUCGCAGGUCCGCAUCGUUAGCAGUGCCAAGGGAAGUACCGGGACGCUGCCGCUCGUAGAUGCUGUCGCUGCGGCUGAAAGCACAGAGAACGGUGGUGCACUAUCGCUUCUGCUUGCGAGGCUUGUCAGGGGUUCCAAGCUGGUGCUUGAACGUGCGGUCGUCCGCCCGGACGCUGCGGCGCCUUUCGCAUCGCAGCUGGAGCUGACGCGGUCCGGGGACGCGAGCAAUCUGCUCGUCUCGCUCGACGACGGCAGCGAUGCGGCGCUCGGUGGUGGUGUCAGCCCCAUGCAGCGCUUCGACGAUGGCCCUUCCACCUCUGCAGUCGCAGCGGGUGGGAAGCAAAGCGUGCGCGCGGGAAGCGCAGCGGGCGCGGCGCUCUCGGCACAGCUCGGGCUUGUCGAUGGCAGCAGUGCGAUUCCCAAGGCGGAAGAGCUGGAUGCUCUUAUCGACGAGCAGGCCGAGCUCGGCAUAGACCUCGACGAACCGACGCUGGCGCAGAGACUCAAGAGCCUUAACGUCCGCAGUUUCGGUCAGGGUGCUGCUGGCGGGAGAAAUAGGGGGAAGAAAUCGAACGAGGACGCAGGGCUCGAUAAUUCUGAUGAAGAUGAGGACGCGGACGAUGCGCACGACAGCGAUGACGAUGGAUUUGGACCUGCAUCGAAAACGCGUGCUCUAACAGUUAAAGCGGGCGGCUCGGCCUCGCUUGCCCAAGCGCUGACGCAAGCGCUGCAUUCGGGUGACACCACCCUGCUCACCUCAUCCCUGGUACACGGAGACCCGGUGCUGAUUCGGGGCACAGUCGCGCGUCUGUCGGGUCCGCUGGCCGUGCGGCUGCUCGAACACUGCAUCGAACGCAUGAACAAGGGCGGCAACAUGACGAGUCGAGGGGCGCUAGGCAGCCAGCGGGCCAAGGCGCUAAUCGAGUGGGUCAGGAUCACGCUCGUCAUUCAUACGGCCUACUUUAUGUCGCUCCCGAACCUGGUCACGCGGCUGUUCCACCUGCACUCGGCGCUGCUGGCACGCCUGGCGUCGCAGGACAAACUACUAGAGCUGCAGGGCCGACUAGAGCUGGUGCUGGCGCAGAUCGAGCUGCGCGCGACGUACGACGCGUCGCAGGUGGACGUACAGGGCGUCAAGGCGCGCGCCGGAGCCGCGCGCGCUGCAGCGUCCAAGGGCGGUAGCAAAAAGGAAAGCAGGAAGCAGGCGCUCGACCGGACGCAGGGACAGGUGUGGGUCGAGAGCGACGCGGAAGAGGAGGCGGAAACAGACGCGAUGAACGUUGAUGAGGAGGGCGAUGACGACGAUGACGACGUCGAGCGCGGGGACGAGGAGGGCGAGUUGCAGGACAUUGCGCUCGGCGGUGACGAGGACGACUCGGAGGAAGAAGAGAGCGAGAGCGAGGACGAGGAAGAUGAAGACGAAGUCAUGGAGGACAAUGCGGUUGUCGACACGCCUGAAGGCAGCGAGGAAGGGUCCGGGGACGAACGGGGAGAUGCAGCUGAGGACCAAGAGGAAGAAGAAUACGACGAGGACGCGGAUGAAGCGGGCAGCCUGGAUGAUUUCAUCGUCGACGACGAUGAGGAAGCGCUCGAUCAGGAAGGCGAUUCGGACGACGAGGACGAGAGCGAAGAUGAUGAUGAGGACGAGGGCAAGCUGGCUCGGCAUGGUCGACACACAGCACGGCAGGGAGGGCAACAGCAGAAGCACUCUUCGAUGCUCGUGGACGAUGAGGCAGAGGAGACGUCGGGCGAGGGCACAGGGCCUGACGAGGACUCGGUCGACUGAGGAGAAGACGAGACCGAACUAUUCAAAAAAGGCAUGAUCGAACCAACAAGCCGCGUCUUGACGCAUGCCAUGUAUGUAAAAUGCAUCCAUCUCCAAACACUCUGUGCU